AUGGGUAGCUUCUGCCGGCCAUUGCCCAUAAGAUUAACAACCAGAAUCUUUCCACGUAACUUUAGGAGGCUUCAAUCGACAGUGUCAAUUAUCGAUGGCCCUCCGGUCACAGAGACGAACCGCGCAGAGGCGACGAUGAAACGCUUUUGGAAGGAUGUGGGCGUCGAGAAACGCGGAGAGUCCUUUGUCGUAACUCUGGAUAGGCGUGCACUCAAAACCCCCGCCGGCAAUACGCUCCUACUGCCUGAGAAUAAAAAAUUGGUUGCGGCUCUUGUCGCUACUGAAUGGGAUAACCAAGACAAACUACUAAAGCCUCAUGCCUUGCCAAUUGAUUUGAAGGAGUCGCAGACAUCUUUGGUCUCUAGAGCGAUCGAUUCUCUUGGCGAAGAUGCUGCCCGGGAAGAGGUCUGCCAUGCUUUGCUUGAAUAUCUUGAUACAGAUACGAUAUGCUUCCACGAAGACUACCCUCCUCCGCUCGUGACGCUCCAGUCGGACCAUUGGGAUCCCUUGCUGGAAUGGGCACGUAAUACGUUCAAUGUCGAGAUCCACAAAUUCGAGUCGAUACUGUCCAACAAGCAGCCGGAAGCAACGAAGCAGAAAUUCAUCAAAGAGCUGAAAACGUUCACUUCCUGGGAAAUGGCCGCGAUGGAACGAGCCACGUACAUAACGAAAUCGUUCUUGAUUGCUUUGGCGUUGGUUAAGCGGUUUAUCACGGUGGAGCAGGCAUCAAUAGCCGCUCGGGUCGAGGUAUCGAGCCAAAUCGAACGUUGGGGCGAGGUCGAGGAUAGCCAUGAUGUUGAUUUUUACGACGUACGACAACAGCUUGGGAGCGCAGCGUGCCUACUAUCCCUAACGUGAUUGGGUGCGGCAGAACAUCCAUACGAAUGGUUGAAUUUUGCGAGAAUCGGCGUAAUAGGCUUUGUGGCAGAAAUCCAGACUUGCGGUGAGACGAGCAUGCCCAACGGCUACACGAGGAUUGCGGACUGCAUCAACUCGUUCGAGAGUCGAGGCGCAUAAAAUUACACUUUGCCCCUUCUGAAUAACCAAUUGCAUCCGGACAAACCACGGAAUACACAAAUUGAAAAAGAAAAAAGAUUCGAAGCCUUGUCGAAGACGAGUGAUGAGAAGUGAUGAGACAAGAAUAUGAAAUGCAGAUAGAAGGCCCCGAUCCUAACAUCAAAUGACUAAUGUAAUGGUUGG